AUGGAGUCGGACUUUGAUCGCAUAACCUUCUACGACAUCAGCAUGCGCCCUCCAACGGAGGUGCAUUGCUGCUCACCAAAUCCAUGGAAGACGCGAUACGCACUCAACUUCAAAGACGUGUCGUACUCGACGUCCUGGGUCCCUCUACCCAGCAUCUCCAAAGUUCGUCGCGGUCUUGACUUACCGGCGACGCGCAAAUUUGCCGACGGCUCUGACUUUUACACGCUGCCUAUCAUUUCAGAUCCCAGCACCAAUUCCAUUGUGGGUGAUUCCUUCGAUAUCGCCGUCUACCUGCAACAGACGUAUCCAAACUCUGGUGCAGGCAAUUUGCUGCCCCCACAGAAACUCGACUAUACCUUUUCGCAAAACCAAGCCCUGGCCGUGCCACUAUCCAACCGCACUGCGGCUGGAUUCGAGGAGUAUGCACAGUUCAACAUCAACGUCGACGCAGCGUUUACCACACAUGUGCUGCUGAUGGUCCAGAACCUCCCCUUUGACCCCGCCACCGCCGAACAGAGCAAGACAGAGUCUCUUCGGCGUGCCGGGUUGACGAAUUGGGCUGAUUUGGAUAUUCAUGGCGCCGCGCGGGAGCAGUUGUUGAAUAGUUUCCAAGACGCGCUGGCCGAGCUGGCCAAGCUUUAUGAAAAAGACCCGAGUGGACCGUUUGUGCUAGGGACGCAACCAAGCUAUGCGGACUGCAUUGUUGGCGGCUGGCUGCGCAUGUCAAGCGUUUGUCUGCCGGCGUCGGAGUGGGAACAGUUGAGGGGUUGGCAUGAUGGUGUUUUUGGACGGUUGCACGAUACUCUGCAGGAGGAGUUUGGCCAGAUGAAUUAG